AUGAAUAUAGAAGACCGUUUGAAAAAUGCUUAUGAGAAUGUGGCAUUUCAUGGGGACAGUACAUGGGUUAGUAAUGACUAUCAAAGGGCACAUCAGGAAUUUUGUAUCAGAGAACACAUGUUACGACCAACAGUUCCACGAGAUUUGAACAGUACAAGGGCAGCUUAUGAAGGACGACAGCCUAUCCCAGCAUUAUUCGAAACAUUAGUCGUUAGGACUUCCACGUCUUCAUGUGUGUCUUCUAACUAUGAUGUAAAUACAGAUCGUUCUAAAUCCACAUCUUCCCAAGUUAAUAAUGAUAAAACCAAAGCCCCUCCCCCAACCACGUGUUUGGAAUCUAAUGAUAUCACAUCUUCUACCUCUCGAUGCUUGAAAUCUAAUGAGAACUUCAUAACAAAUCCUUCCACCUCUUGGUGCUUCGAAUCAAGCAAGGAUGUAAAUAUGGAACCAAUCACCUCUUCGCAGUGUGCGAAUGACAGAAGUACAGAGCCAUCAACUUCUUGGUGUGUUGAUUCUAAUAACGAUAAAAGUACAGCGCCUUCGACGUCUUGGUGUUUCGAACCUAAUAAUGUUAUUCCUUGGUGUUUUGACUGUAGUAAUGAAAUCAGUACAGAACCUCCCCCUUGGAAUUUCGAACAUAAUACGGAACCUCACACUGCGUGGUGCUUCGAAGCUGACAACAACUUAUUAAAUAAGCCUGCCACCUCUUGUAGUACCGAAAAUAAAGUGGUUACAGAAUCUCCAACGUACCUUGAAUCUAAUAGCCACAUUACAACGGAACCAUCUACAACCAUGAACUUUGAUUCAUGCAACACCACUACGGAGCCUUGGUUGUUGCCAGAGGUUGACGAGAUAUAUAACGACUAUACUAAACAAAAUGAUUCCACUUACACUGAACAAGAUGACAACCCAAGUCAUGAUCCGGAUAAUGAAAUCAUAAUGAAUAUUUAUAAAUCUCCAAUGGGUAAUUUUUAUGUCAAGGAAGCCAACUCCGACGAUGAGAAUAAUUCACAUGUCGACAAGUGGACGACCUAUGAUAAAGAAUCCGAUUUGGAGCAAAUUAGGGGCUUAAUAAAAGCAAUAGAGGAGCUAAAUGCCAGUAUAAGUAGUAACAAGGAGAAAAAGCAAGAAAUAAAACCUGAGAAACGCUUAUAUUCUGCCGUAUUACAAGGAUUACCACCCAAAGAUUCUUCCGUCAAUAAUCUGAAUGACAACAUAAUAAUUGUGUCCGAUUCUGACAAGAAGAAGGAGGAAGAAACAGAAAAUCCUUUGACAUUUACUAUUAUAAAAGAGGAGAAAUCAACUUUGUUUAAAUCAACUGCUAGUGAUCCUAUUCCAUUAAGAGUGUUGCAACCACCCACUAACAUGAAAAAGACAAAUCGUGUUGUUCCACCAACUCCAAACUGGCAGCUAUAUAACAGCAAGUUCAAAAAGAUUUCCCUGAAAAUGAAACUGGGGAAGACGACGCCUACAAUUAGAUCGACACGUCCACAUCCUAGAUUCGCGAGACACAUAAAUGUUGCAGUUCCAACGACAAGCUUCUAUUACAUUCCGAACUACGUUGCCAAUUAUACGAAUUAUCAAUUGGCAUUGGUCCAUCACCCAUGUCCGUCAAAUCCCAUCAGAUAUGCCCAUCAAUCUCAACAGCAUACCCACUAUCCCAACUAUCCAGUAGCAAUACAAACACCGCAAAAUUUAAUAGUCAGGACAUUCAUGCAUUCAGCUCUUCCCUACCAGAGGGCUACAUAUGUGCCACCACAAUUCACUCAUUUUAUACCUUGGUUAUAUAAUAAUGAGCUUCAAAACAGGCAGAAUUAUUCUAAUGUGAAAGCGAACCAAAACCCACCGCACAUCAACGUUCUGUGGAAUAAAAUCUUGUAUAAGUCUCAAUUUACGCAAACUCAAAUAGUUUGUAUGUCACGCAAAGAUAACGUCAAGACACAGAAUAUUUCAAAAUCUCAGAAUACUGAAAGACUGGAUGGGAACUUUACUACAGCCCAACGACACACUGAAGAUAAAGAGGAACAUUUUCUGCCAGUUCAAGUAACAAUAUCAGAAGUAUUGGAGCUUGAAGCGUUAGAGCAAUACAGUCCUACUAGUGAAGAAGUUUAUCAAGAAUUAGAAAGACAGGCUGCUGAACAAUAUGAAGGAAAUCCUGAAAAUUUAAUGUGAUCAUUUUCUACUGGGUGGUGGGUGAAAAUUAUUUGUUAAUGAUGGGUUCUAUAUUUUUCAUGCUAAAUUCAAAUAAAUAAGAAAAUCUUUUAAGUUUA